AUGACAAUCUCGGGCACCCGCGGAUUAAGGAGGAACGAGAAAGAGGUAAUAGAAACCGCGAUAUCUCCCAGCUACCUUCGAGGCCGCGCCUGUCGCAUCUUCGCUUCAUCUUUACGGGGCAGACGCUUGGUUUCCGUCUAUUUUGAUUCCCGUCAGCCCUUAACUCGGUACGCGAUGAAAUCUGCGUCUCUCCUGUUUAUCCUCUGCCUGGUGACGGGUGCGCUCGCGGAGGAGUUUGCGCCUAAGUUUCCGAGUGCUCGUGGUGCCUGCGAGGUGGCGUGGCAACUCUUCGCUAUUCAUGCCGAUACACUGGCAGCCUCCCGAACUAAGACGAAACCGAAGUUCAUUCAAUGGUAUUUUGGAGAUAGGACGAACUUCAACGAAGUGACGCGGUUUCUGCACCCGCAUGACACAGAGCUUCCCAAUAUCUUCCCGUCCGGACAGAAGCUUGAUGCCCCCCUCGAUACAAUACUCCAACAAUUGAUCGAUGCGAGAGCAACCGGGCCCUUAUUUUAUGGGCGAGUAUUUCCGGGGGUUUCACAUCCAGAAUUUCUGCGAGCCUUUUCAACGUCCAUACACGAUGUUGCACAGAAGUUAGAUCUUUCUGACAAAGUUGAGAAACAUUUGCACGAUAACUUGCAUGGGUCUUUAAAGGGGAUUGUGGAUGCGCGAAAAGCCGACUCUGACUAUUACCUUAGAAGGGAACUGCACGGGGCGGCGAAAGAACAUGGCAAGGAUAUAGAUCUUAAGCUGAAAGAGUUCAAGCUCGCCGACGAAACUCUUUCUACGCUCGAUUGGGACGCAACAUUGAGGGGAUACAAAAAAGAAAAUGAACUGGACGAGACGGGUAAAUGGUUGGAGGAGCAGUAUAAUAAGUACCUAACGACCGGGAGCCCGUACGAGCUAUCGAUGCGGGUCGGUCAUUUGAAGUCGAUUCAGGAUUUCAAAGAAGCCCUGGAUAUCCAGAUGGGGGUUGGUUGCUCGAGGAAAUGA